AUGAAGUUCUCGUACUCGAUCUUUGCUUGCGCCCUUCUCGCUUCCGGAUGGGCCGACCUCGCACGGACUCAGGACGUCGGCGCCGGCGGUGGUAGCAUCGGGUGAGUUCUCUCGCUCGGCUCGGACCAUGGAGCUCCUAAGCGCGUCUCUUGAGAUCGAGCCCCGAGCCCCGAACGCGUCAUGGUUGCUCACUCCUACUCCUCACACGCUUUUUAUCUUUCAAGGGUUUCUCUCCCACCGACGACCCCCUCCGAUCCCAGCUGCACCGGUUCAAACGAAUGGUUCUCUCCCUACCGGUCGACGUUUGAAGCGCACGAGCGCGGCGAGAACCUUGAUCAACUCAAACAGCCCGGCUCGAUCGACGACUCGGAGUACCUGCUCAACCCCGACUUCAGCAUCAACAAUUGUCAAACAACACGGUACUACUACUUGGACAUUCACGAGACGCGUGCGGCACCGGAUGGGCUCGAGAGGGAGAUGUUCUUGUUCAAUGGCCGGAUCAAUGGACCCCUGAUCGAGGCGAACCAAGGUUCGCUUUCGUCGCUUUAGGGAUCUGCUGUCAUUAGCCGUACAGAUUGUUGACUCUUCCUCACAACCUUAUUGUCUCCCAGGUGACACCAUCGUCGUUUACGUCCACAACUACCUCGACGUCGGCACGACGGUGCACUGGCAUGGCCUCGCGCAGAACGGCACCGGUUGGGCCGACGGUCCGCUCGGUAAGUCCCUUCGACCAUACCUCUUUCCCCCGUUCAAGACUCUACGUUUUCUAAUGCAUUCCCUUCCGCCUCACCACAGGUGUCACUCAGUGCCCCAUCCCACCCGGAACGACAUUCGUCUACAAGUACACGCUCAGCCGACCUGACCAGUGCGGAACAUAUUGUACGUUGUAACAGUCCGGCGUGUCCUUCGUGAUGUGGGACUCAUUCAGGGGUACAUCGUAACGUAUAGGGUAUCAUGCCCAUCGAUUGGCUCACUACGGUGAUGGACUCGUUGCUCCUUUGAUCAUCCACUGCCCCGGUGACCCUCUCAAGCGAGGCGACCUGUAUGACAUCGACCAAGUCGUCGUCAUCCGAGACCACUACCACCCCUUGUCGACGCGAAUCGUCAACUCCCUCCUCGUCAACGGUAGUUUCCAAGGAUCCGCCUUGACACCUUCUCCAAAUUCGGGUCUCAUCAACGGUCGUGGUCGCUACGACUGUUCUUUCGCCCCCGAAGGCUCGGUCUGCACCGACAAUGCCACCCUCACCGAGUUUAAGUUCCCUAAAGGUUCUCGCGUUCGUUUGCGCCUCAUCAACUCUGCGGCCCAUGCCCAGUUCUUGGUCUCGGUCGAUGAGCAUCCUCUCAACGUCGUUGAAGCUGACGAUACGCCCGUGUGGCAGACGACGGUCCAUCGUGCUCCCAUCAACAUAGGUCAACGCUAUUCGAGCAUUAUUAAUACUGCCGAUAACAAUGACGGUGAUUCGUUCUGGAUGCGAGCCGACAUCAACACGUGAGUAUCGCCUGUGAUCCGUCGGGUGACAUUCGUUGCUUCGAAACUGAUGAAUCAUGAGUCGGAACGGUUCUCACAGGGCAUGCUUCGGCGCCAACUUCACCGACCUGAACCCCGAAGUCAAGGCGAUCAUUCGGAUCGGGUCAGCGUCAUCAUCAUCGUCACCGUCAUCUGAAAACGGGUCGAACCCUCCAUCGCAAGGAUCUCCCGGCGACUCGAGUGAUUUCUCAGGUGACCAGUCUGGUGGUGAUAACCCGUCCGGUUCUCAACGGUCUUCGAACAACAAUGGUACGGGCGAUGAUGACACCCCGAAUGGUGGUGGUGAUGGAUCAACUGACAAAUCUCGGAACUCGACCGGUGACGGACCCAACGGAUUCGGCGGCCAUGAUACAGGUAACUCAGGAGAUGUACCUGACGGCUCUGAUCGGUCCGACAACUCUGACGACAGCGACGCUUCCGGUGAUGGUGGGAAUGGCUCCGACGAUCAGGACAAUUCGGCCGGUUCGGACGACUCGGGUGAUCAGCAGGGAUCACAGGGAGAUUCUCCAUUUAAGAAGGCCGCGCGCCUGAGCAAAAGGAACGACAACAACAACAACUCUGAAUCCAACACUGACACGAAUCAAAACCUUCCCACGUCUACCGAUUGGUCCGACGCCGUCAACGGAAGCUGCCAUGACCUUGCCGAGAGUGAGUGCCACCAGGCCCCGUGCAUCCCUUUUCGGCAAUGAACCCUUUUGACUAAUCAGAUUCCUUCCACUGUGAUGAUCAGGCACCCUCGUUCCUCGGGUACCUUUCAACCCACCUGGGGCCAACAUCAGCCAUGAGUUCAGAGCGACGAUCCUGACCACCCCAUCCGGCGCCACCGGUUUCGCCGCCAACAACGUCAGUUUCGAGUCCUUCGUCGACGACCCCUUUUUGUUCCGCGUCAACCGAGGCGACGACAUCCCCGCCGGACUUUCGGCCUCAAUUGUUCUCGACGACAAGUCUCUCGCUCACGACAUCAUCAUCAACAAUGUCAACCCCGUCGAUCAUCCUUUCCAUUUGCAUGGCGUGCAGAUGCAUCUCAUCGCGAGGGGAAAUGGCACGGUCGAUGCGGACAGCAUCUCGUCCGUCGCGGUCAAUCUCAACAACCCGAUUCGAAGGGACACGAUCUCGGUCACUGGCAACACAUAUGUAAUCGUUCGUGUUAUCCCUGAUAAUCCCGGAGUCUGGGCUUUCCAUUGUCACAUUUUAUACGUGAGUCUUUGUGCACGUCGGGGUUCUCUUCAUGAACCGAGCUGACAGUGUCGUCUUUUUCCGAACAGCAUCAACUCCUGGGUCUGAUGGGUGUGGUCGUGAUCCGUCCCGACUUGAUUCGCAAGAUGGAGAUCCCCCAACACGCCCGAGACGUAAGUAUGCCUGACCAAUCGAAUAGAUCCAUCCGAUCCCUGACCCCUCGCUGUGUACAUCCCUUACAGCUCUGCACACGCGGCAGCAGCCUGAAUGACGCCAACAACCAAAACCCGCAAGCCAACAUCGAGCCCGGUCGUCGCAUUCGUCGCAGUAUCAACCCUCUCCUCCCAUCAAAAGACUUCGUCAGAAAACGCCUUUCACUCAAUCAGGACUGA